UCCACAAGAAUGUUUCAAUAUGGCCGUCCUGAGUGAAGUUUGAAAGUUUAAACGCGAAAUUAUGGCGAAAGCUGCCAAUAUGGGGAACGAACAUAUAGAAUGCAUGGCAUCAUCUAUAGUUCGAGAAUAUUUAAGUAGAAAGGGACUCAAGAAUACUCUGCAAGUUAUGGAUGAGGAAAUGCCACGUACAGAAGGAGCUAUCAGUAACAGACAGUCUUUAAUGAAAGAAUUGCACAUAGAAAGACUAAUGAAAAGAAAUAAGGAGAGAGAAGAUCCUUUCAGAGCUAUGCUAGAAAUUAUCAUUGCCAGCUUUGUUGAGAAUGGAUCCAGUCAGUCAAAGUCUGAAAGUAGACCAUCUACAGCCCAGAGAACAAAGCCUCCAGACAUCCUAGAUAUUAGUCCUGCUUCAGACAGACCAACUUCUCCUGCUGAACAGAGGAGGCUAUCAUCUCAACCUGUAAAAAAAAAUACAGCAGUUAGAUCUGGUGACUUACUUAUUGAAGAUGAUGUAGAAAGUCACACCAUUCUUGGUGAUGGUAAAGCUGGACUAAUGGACACACCCAUUGUUGCUGAAAUAGACCCUCCACAUAGAACACAAACUAGACCAAGAAGUGCCAAAGUUAAAAAUAUGGGUGGUCCAAUUACAUCAAAUUUAGAUACUCUUGGAAAAGGCAGAAACUUUCACAAGCCACGACCGCUGUCAUCAUCUGGAAGAGGUGGCAAAAAACUAGAUCUUUCAGAUUUGAAUUCUGGACCAGAUAUUGUAAAAAGUAAUAAACUAUCUUCAGAUUUUAAUAAUGACAGUCUAUCAAUAAAAAAAAUGGUUCCUGAAUCUAAAAAUCCUAGAAUGAUUCAUGUGAGCUCUGAACCAAUUAUUGAAAAUAUUGACAAUAUAAUUAAAAAAGAAAGAAAAUCUUCCAUAAAGGAUAUUUUAGAAGUUGAUGCUUCAGAAUCUCGUCCCAAAUCCUCAGUUGGUCGACCCAAAUCUAACAGAAGACAGCAAGACAAAGAGCCAGUCACCUAUAGUAUAGAGGACUCCAGUAUUCUACAGAGACCUCCAACUAGAGGGGGCCUAGAAAGGACAUCAUCAUCUUCAUCAUUAAUGAGUGCCAAAAGUGUAACAUCUAAAGUUGGUGAUGUAGAAUUUGGAGAUGUUGAUGAUUUAGAUAAUGACCUCGCUGAUUUACAACUAGGUCCAGCUAUGCCAUCCUCACGCCCUAUACAAAAUCUUACAGAUGCUCGUCCAAUCACAUUACAAACUGCUAUUAACUUGAAAAGUGUAGUUUUUGGAACAGGCAAUCAGAAUUUUAAUGAUGAAUGGCGAUAUCAAAGUUUUACGUUUUGUGAUAUUCCUAAAUUACAGUAUGGUCUUGUCCAGAAAAAGGGUGGAUCUUGUGGUGUUAUGGCUGCUAUUCAAGCUACGGUGUUACAAACUUUAUUGUUCAAAGACGGUAGAAUUCCACUUAAUAGGUUUGGAGAACCUACCAGUAUGGAGAGAUCCUCUGCCCUUGCCAUAGCUUUAUCCAAGAUUUUCUGGAGAUGUGGUGAAAACAAAACUGCUGUUGUUGUUAUGCCAUCAGGGAAAUCUCAGUUCCAAGGAAGUAGCAAUAAAUAUAAAUAUGAUGAUUUUACUGAAACUUUGAUGAUCAACCAUUUUAAAACCUAUGAAGACCUACAGAGUUUUGUAUUACAAAAUAUCAGACAGUUUGAAUGUGAUGGAACGGGAGGUGCUAUAUUGUGUGUUUAUUCUGCUAUCUUGUCUCGUUAUAUUGAUCUAGUCAAGAGUGAUAUGGAUGAGCCGACAGGAAAGUUAAUGGGAGCUCAUGGCUAUUGUACUCAGGAUUUGGUAAAUUUACUGCUGACUGGGAAGGCAGUGUCUAAUGUGUUCAAUGAUGUGAUGGAGUUGGAAUCAGGAGAUGGAUCACCCCCAAUGGUUCUCAAAGGCAUCAGUGGGAGGAGUGAUGUAGGACUACUUUCUUUAUUUGAGCAUUAUAGAUCAUGUCAGGUUGGAACCUUCUAUAAGACACCAAAGUUUCCUAUCUGGGUUGUAUGCAGUGAGAGUCAUUUCAGUGUGCUAUUCUCUAUAAAUAAAGACUUAGUUAACGACUGGAAAGCCGAAAAACGAUUUGAUUUGUAUUACUAUGAUGGAUUAGCCAGACAACAAGAGGUCAUUAAACUGUCUAUAUGUACCACAGAUAGAUCAUACAAGCCUCCAACUGGUGAGGAAGAACUGGUACCUCCAAUUGAUCAUUGCAUUAGAACAAAAUGGACAGAUGCCCAGGUAGACUGGAAUGGAACAGAACCUUUGUUAUGAUGAAUGGGUUUAGUACUGAUUAUGUAUGCUCCAAAAACAAUGGAGUGAAUCUUUGAAAGGUUUAGGGUUAAAACUCUCUCUUACAUUAUCUGCUGGUGGUAGUUCUGUUAACAAAGCAACUACAAUUGACUUUUUACUGAUAUUUAUAUAAUGAAAAGCAGUUGUUAAUUAGAGGGGCUAAAACUAUUUCUCUUGAAUUUGAUAUACGUUUAAGUAUGUUACAACUCAAGUCCAGAAAACACAAAUUUAACAGCUUAUGCCCCUUUAAAGAACAGUAGUAAGUUUGUUCUAUAGAAACUCUGUUUUAACAUAAUAAAUGAACUUUAUUUCCUGGACAGAUAUUUUUUGUAAGAAGAUAAAAGUAUAGUUGCCUGCUAUAAACACCAUUGUCAAUUUGUUACAACUUUUUCAUUUGAGCAUCUUUUGAUAGCAAUUUGUAUUUUUAUAUGCUGAGCUACAGAUUUUUCAUUUAAAGAAGAUAUGAUGAAGCUAUUAGCAUUUGAAUUAAAAAUAUUUAUCUAAAUGAAAAUAACUUUAAAAACAUUUUUGUUCAUAUAUUGUUUAUGAAAUUGAUAAUUUAAGCCAGUAUGCAACCUCAAAAUAAAAUCCUUGAGUCAUUUGAGAAAUGAAAACAAUUCCUAACUUUGAAUUUUAUCUGGUUAAUAGUAUAAACAACAAUUUUUGUUAGUCAACAUAGCUGUAAGAUUUAACAUCUGACAAUAGAUUGUAGAUAAGAAUAAUAAAACUAGGUUAUUAACUUAUUAAGGAAUCUCAUUUCAUUGUAUUAUACCAUCCAUUGGAUCUUCUCCUUUUAUUUAUUUCAAUUUAUUUACAUUUUCUUCAUAAAUUGAUCAUUUUCAAAACUGCAUGUUUCACUCUCUGUUUACUUUUAUUUAAAUGAUAUAUUAUUAUCAA